UUUUUUCUCCAAUCAGGCAUUUAAAAUUGCCACCACAGCUGGGUCCUUCCGUUGAGCGCCAGUUUGGAUUUCUUCAUGACUUUGUUGCCCAGCGCAGCAGCCAAAUUACGCUUUAUCCGAAAUAUAUGACUCACAUUACUGCGUUUUUCAAAUAAGUCAAGAAAGUCAAAGCCCUACGUUUGAAUUCCGUUGAAAAACGCCACAGACAAGCUGUGGAUUUGCCCUUUUGGUAAUUGACUGCUGAACUCAGGUGAACACAGAUUUGUCAUGGAUUAUGAAGAUGAAGAUUUGGACAUUUUGACAGCCCUGAUGGCUGAGAAUGGAGAUGAGGAGGACAAAGAGGAGCAGCAGGUAGAUGACUUGGAGGACCUUUUUGACGAAGACGGAGAGGAAGAGUAUGAUGAAGGACAAGAUGUGAAGCCGGAGGAUGAGUUGUCGGAGCUGUUUGGUGAUGUAGACGACAUUGAAAAAGAGGAGCAAGCGGCGGAAGAAGACAAAGGCAAAGCCAAUGAGAGCCUUUGCAUGUCCCAAGCCGAGUUACAAGAUGAGUUGAGGCGGAUGCAGGAGAAAAUGCAGGCAUUGCAGAAGCAGCUGGAGGCAAGCCAGAGCACUUCUUCCUCCUCUUCCCCAGGGAAACCGUCACCUCCUCGCCAGACCGCUGCCAAGCGUAGCUCCGAUGAGCCGACUGCUGUUACACAGAAGAUGAAGACUCAGUCUGAGAUAUCAUCAUCCAAUCCAGUCGGAGGACCAAAUAAGAAGGUGCAGGAGUCGUCUGACUUUCUCUCGGAGCUGAGCAGCGCCGACUCUUUUAAACGCAAACCCAGAGUGGCCCACCAAACCAAAUCCAGCACUUCACCAGAAGCCAGACUCCCAUUAGUGGAGAUAAAGAUGGGAAGCUCCUUCCUGGCAGUGGAAAGCACGAGCAAGGCGGUUGCUCCUCAGCGCUCGUCGACAACCUUCCAGAGAAGACCCUGCCCGACGUCAUCAGCGGGACCGCCAAAACUGGACUCUCUUCCUAAAGAUGUGGCUAUGGAGAAAUACUCAGGAUUGCGGCUGAGAAAACCGCGCGUUUCGUCGAGCGAUAUGGACCGCAAGAUGGCCGACCGCCGCCUGAUCCGCCUGUCGCAGGUCCCGGAUCGGCUGCAGCGCGAGAAGCUGGAGGACAGCGACUGGGUGACGUUUGGCGUGCUGGUCAGCAAAGCAACGCCGCAAAGCAGCAAAAGUGGUAAAACAUUUAGCAUCUGGAAGUUGAACGACCUCCACAACCUGGACGUGUUCGUGUCGCUGUUACUGUUCAGCGAAGUCCACAAGGAGCAUUGGAAGACCGAGCCGGGCACCGUCAUCGGAAUCCUCAACCCCAACUCCAUGAAACAAAAAGAAGGAUACAGCGGCGUCAGCCUGACAGUGGAUCACCCGCAGAAGUUGUUGCUGAUGGGGCAAGCUCAAGAUUACGGCACCUGCAAAGCCAUGAAGAAAAACGGAGAGCCCUGCGCACAGCUCGUUAACAUGUACGAGUGCCAGUACUGCCAGUAUCACAUCAAGGCCCAGUACAAGAAGAUGAGCUCGAACCGGUCCGAGUUGCAGUCGUCGUACUCCGGAAAGGCGCCCAACAAGGUGAAGGGCGUCAGCCUCAGGGAGCGCAUCUGUCAGGACGGCUUCCACUACGGCGGCGUCUCGUCUGCCGCCUGCGCGGCGUCGCUCUCUGCAUCCAGGCCAAAAAAAAAGGGACAGGCGACCCUGGACAAGCUCUUUGUGAGAGGUUCCGCUCGUCACAUCCUUGAGGCUAAAAUGCUCGCCAUGAAGUCUGGUGAAGUUUCAAAUUGUUCAGAUGAAUUCAAGAGCUUGAUGUCGGUGCCGUCAGCGGGAGCUCUGCAGCUAAAGAAGCACCUGACAAAGGGACGCACAGCAGUCUCCAAAGACCUCGAAGGUGCCCCAGUUCAGCCCAUCUCGGCUUCAGACCUUCUCAAGCAGCAGAAACAGAAGCAGAGGGAGUUUCUGCUGAACCGCCAACGUAGGGCGGUGGGCGUCCAACAGGGUACGGUGCCCAAGUCGACCACGUCCUCCUUAUUGACGUCCCCGAAAGCAGCCCCCGGGGUCCCGAAGGCCACCCAGAGCCCCGCGACGCCGCAAACACCCACGCUCGCCAGAGGCUUCUCAAAGGGUGAGGACGUCCUCUUUUUCGAAGGCAGCCCUCCUCCCAGCCCGGCCGCAGACACUCUGAGCCUCUCGGCCGCCAAGCUGGCAGCUCUGAAGAAACUGAGGGCGAGGGGGAUGGCGCUUGAGAGGGAAGACCCCAACGAUGUCAAGAGGAAGUGGGCGAGAAGCAGCGAGAUCAGCGCCCGUGUGGAGAAGAAUCUAAACUCACCUGAUGCCGCGUUGGAUGAUUCUGAUGUGGAGCCAGCCGAGAAGAGGAAGCGAGAUGAGCUCAGCUACAUUCAGUCUGAGGAGUUUCAAAAGAUCCUCAACGCCAAAUCACUCCACGGAGCCGUCCUCCAGGCGGCUGAAUAUCAGCUUCAGGAGCAAUAUUUUGACCGUCUCGUGAAGAAGGAGCAGAUGGAGGAGAAAAUGAAGAGCAUCCGAGAGAUGAAGUGCCGUGCCGUUUCCUGUAAAAAGUGUAACUACACAUAUUUUAAACCGGCGGACCGAUGCGUGGGGGAGAAUCACCCGCUGCACUGGCACGAUGCCAUCAAACGUUUCUUCAAAUGUCCGUGCGGACAGAGGGCCAUCGCGCUGGACAGAUUGCCACACAAACACUGCAGUAAUUGUGGUCUGUUUAAAUGGGAGCGGGAUGGAAUGCUGAAGGAGAAAACGGGCCCAAAAAUCGGCGCUGAGCUUCUCAAGCCUCGAGGGGAGGAGCACGGGAGGUUCCUCAACAGUCUGAAGUAGAACAGUUUGAGUUUUACUUUUUACUCUAAUAUCUUUUUUUUUUAAAAGGCAUUUUAAGGACGUUCAGUGACUGAUCAUGGAAACCAACAUGGAGUAAAAGUGGGAGAAAUUAAAGUCGUGAUUUCCA